CCGAAAUCUGUUGACUCCUGGAAGAUCAGCUUGCGAGCACGCGAUUAUUCGCGUAUGCGUUGCGCCCCAGACAACGGUGUCUUUUUGCGGAGCAGUACAGCGGCGCUACCGGGCGAGUGGGAAAAGCUGCUAGCAACGACUGUCAAGAGAUCGCACAGACAUGAUACUCUGCUGAGCGAUAUCAUGGGUAUUGGAGAGUGCCUACAGGCCAUCAUAAAACCCACAAGCAUUCAACUAUCGCUGACUGAUAUGAGUUAUUGACAUCAUUUAUUUACACGUACUUGCGUACAGCUCAAUCUAUUGUGCGUGCUUUCCCCUUUCCGUUUCCCUUCGAUUUAUUUUUGUGCUCUGUUGCGCCGCUUGUUUUCGAAGGAGCGUGG